CGCAAUGAGCUCUCUUCGUCUGCUUCUGGUCCAAGUACUGCUCCUCCUACUCCUCGUGGAAUUAGGAUGGACUUUGGUGAGCGAUGAGGAGUGGGCCCAGUACAAGGCUAAGUACAACAAGCACUACAAAUACAAGGACAAUUUCCACCGGGCGAUAUAUGACAGGAGGGUCCAAGUUAUUGCCGACCACAACCAACGUUAUUCCCAGGGCCUGGAGGCAUUCAAAAUGGGAAUAAGCCAGUACUCCGACACAGAUCAAAGUACUCUCUACAGUUAUCGAACGUCGAUCACACCGCCAACGGAAGAAGUAACUAAGGGCGUUAAGGAACCGGCGAACUACAAGCACUAUGACGAGAUAACCGGAGGUAUCGACUGGAGGGAUUAUGGAUACAUCUCGGAAGUCGGAAAUCAGGGUACCCAGUGCCUGAGCUGUUGGGCCUUCUCCUCCUCGGGUGUUAUUGAGGCGCAUCUGGCCAAAAAGAACGGCAAGUUGGUGCCGCUUUCGCCCAAACAUUUCGUUGACUGUGUUCCCUAUCCGAACCAAGGAUGUAAUUUGGGAUGGGUGAGCAUCGCCUUCAACUACGUGAGGCAAUUUGGAACCGCUACUAAGGCAUCCUUUCCUUACCAACCCAAAAAGGAUGAGUGUCACUGGGACCCAAAAAACAGUGCAGGCACCAUACGCGGCCAUGUAACCCUGACUGAAGGUGAUGAAAAGGAACUAGCAGAGGUGGUGUACAACAUUGGUCCCGUGGCAGUAUCCAUCGACCAUCUUCAUGAGGAGUUCGAUCUGUACUUCGGUGGCAUCCUUAAGAUCCCGUCAUGUGGAUCAACUAAAGACGAUCUCACGCACUCCGUUCUCGUCGUGGGCUUUGGAACCCACCCGAAGUGGGGAGACUACUGGCUGAUCAAGAACUCAUUUGGAACAUCCUGGGGCGAGAGUGGAUACUUCAAGUUGGCCCGAAACGCCAACAACAUGUGCGGAGUGGCAACCCUUCCCCAAUAUCCUCUUGUGUAAAAGAAUCGUUUUGGAAAUGAAUAAAGCCUCUGUUCAAUUA